AUGUACCCACCUCAAACAUUUGUUCAGGGAACCUUGUGUGGUGGAGUAAUAUCAGUAGACUGCUGUCUCCGACGCGGAAUGCUAAAAAGUCGUUUUGAAACAACCUACGUCGCUCCAUCGCAUAUUAUUGUACGUGAUGUCACGACAAAUUCGAAGACAAAUCUGCUAUCACAAAAAGGAUAUGCCAUUGAUAAUCUCAAGGUAAUGGGAAGGGAUCGCUUUAUCGUCGCGUACACAGCAUCAUCACUGAUCAUAGCAAGUAUUGAAACAGGACUUGCUUCAGAAAUUGAGUGGCAAUCAGGAGGCAACGAAAAGUGA